AAAAAUCAUUCCUUUCUCGCCCCUUGCCCUGCAGCCAUCAGAAGUGUCCACUUAAUUUGAUGGCUGAGGGGAUAUGGUGUGUCUUUUUUUAAGUGUUUGGACUGCACCCAUGAACAUUCCAUAAGCACAGGAACCAGUUUCGCCUGAGGAAAAACUAAAGUAAAAGUGUUUCGGUUACACUUCUUGUCCUCGGAUGAUGGUGGUUUAGAGAUUGUUUUAUGAAGGGAUAGUUGUUUUUUAUGACUGUCAUACAUUGAUGCAGAUAUAAAUCAGCUAUUUUUAUCAGCUACGGACUUUCCUGGGUAAAUAUAAAUACAAAUUAAAUUAAAAAAUAAAUACAAAUCUGAAGUGGAAGAACAUUAAAGACGAAAUGGCAGAGUCCAGUGUUCAUAGUAAUCCAAGGAUGAGAAAAUUCUUCACUGUUGUCAGUGGCAAAACCUUGGAUUCUCAUAAGGACUUUUUGAAACGACUCACCAUGCAACGAGACUUUACUGAAGUGAUGACCCCGGAGAAGAGUGAUGUCAUCAUAACUUUCUGUCCUAUCGUCAGUCGUGCUGGGACUGAUAUUGAAGCAGCACUGCAGGAGAUCCCAACUGGUAAAGGUGUUGUUUUGGUGGUGCUGCAUCAUUCCUUCAACCCAGACUGCACAGUACCUGACAGUAGCAGACUGGUGACCAGAGGUGAUAUGCUAACAGUGGACUGUCUGUUCCAUGAGAACCAGGGACUACUGGACUGUCCUCGCAAUACAGAAGCAGUCUGUACGAUUUGGAGCCAUCUGAACAUACAGCCAAUGCUGGAACCACUAAAAGACAAAAUGGCAGAGUCCAGUGUUCAUAGUAAUCCAAGGAUGAGAAAAUUCUUCACUGUUGUCAGUGGCAAUACCUUGGAAUCUCAUACGGACUUUUUGAAACGACUCACCAUGCAACGAGACUUUACUGAAGUGAUGACCCCGGAGAAGAGUGAUGUCAUCAUAACUUUCUGUCCUAUCGUCAGUCGUGCUGGGACUGAUAUUGAAGCAGCACUGCAGGAGAUCCCAACUGGUAAAGGUGUUGUUUUGGUGGUGCUGCAUCAUUCCUUCAACCCAGACUGCACAGUACCUGACAGUAGCAGACUGGUGACCAGAGGUGAUAUGCUAACAGUGGACUGUCUGUUCCAUGAGAACCAGGGACUACUGGACUGUCCUCGCAAUACAGAAGCAGUCUGUACGAUUUGGAGCCAUCUGAACAUACAGCCAAUGAACACCAGAAAAGGUUUGUUCAAAGACAAAAAGCCGAGUGAGCAGAAGAAGAGUAAGAAGCAAGUGGAUGCACCGAAAAAAGAACUAUGGGAAGAAAAAUGUCAGCAAUGUGUACACAAGGACAAACUACUGAAGCAAAUAGAUGAACUAAACAAAAUACUUGAUCAACAGGUACAUGAUCUGAAGAACGAGGUGGAGAGACUGAGAAGCCAGGUCUCAGCCCAGAUGACUGAUUCUGCGCCUCAACCUGAAGAACCGGUUGUGACGGGAUGGAAUGCACAGGAUAACGAGCAGCAGUUGGCCCAUUGUUCGGGUUUUCAUCACUGAUUAUUUGGGUGGGUGGGGGGGGGGUUUAACAAGUGACAUCAAUAAGGGAUCAUAGCUUUCAUCUGGAUUCACCUGGUCAGUCUAUUAAUGUUUAGUACACCGACCAUUUUAUUCCAAAACAGUCACAUCGUUGUGAUGUGAAACUUCAGACACAUUUUGCUGAUCAAAAUAAUGUUUUAGUUUGAAAAUGCUCACUUAAGCGCUUCUUGGUAGUGACUUUUCUACCAAAACCAAAGUGUGGAUUGGAGUCACUCCUUAGAGCAGUCUGAUCUCAGUUAACCCAGAACCUAAAUAUUUCUAAUUUGGUGAGCUGUGUGAUUAAGGUCUGGGUCCUGUUAGAAAUUGGGAGUUUCGGUUUGCGAAGUCUCCACCCUCGCAAAAGGAAAUUCUCAGCCCCCCCCCCAAAAAAUGAUCUGCAUAAUUAAUACACCCCUGGGCUCCAUAUCCAGCUCUCUGAAAGCCUCUUGCUUGGUGUCACACAUUUUGUGGUGCAUGUUUGUCUCUUAAGUAUGAAAAAUUAAAUUCCACUGAUAUACAAUAUCAAAUCAAACUUUGUCACGUGCCGAAUACAAGUGUAGACCUUACUGUGAAAUGCUUACUUACAAGCCCUUAACCAACAGCGCAGUUCAAGAAGUGUUAAGAAAAUAUUUACCAAAUAAACUAAAGUAAAAAGUAACACAAUAAAAUCACAAUAACGAGGCAUGGACUCACAAGUUGUCGAAAGCGGUCUGCAGGAAUGCUGGCCCAUGUUGACUCCAAUGCUUCCCACGGUUGUGUCAAGUUGGCUAGAUGUCCUUUGGGUGGUGGACCAUUCUUGAUACUAACACGGGAAACUGUUGAGUAUGAAAAACCCAGCAG